CAGUGCUCCAAGUCGUUCGAGAGUGCGGCGUGUAGUCUCCGUGGUCCUGCAGCGCGCGUGCGUGCGUUCUUGCAAGCCGGCUGUAGGUCGAAUGGCGUGAAAGCGCCAACCACUACGUUCCGGUGUCUGUGCCGGCCUCUAUACCGUAUUGUAUGGCCCGCAAAGCGCGCCAUGAUUUGGCUCCUUUGCUUGUUCACCUGUGUCAGCGUAACAAGAGUGGCCGCAAACUGCAACGUGGAGCAAGCCAUUGAAGGAAUGAAGGACUGCAAGCACGGUCUGCACACGAUAGAAAAGAAGUCCUUCAAUGCUUCCAACCCUGAACACGUAAAGGAGGCAUGUUGCGCAACGGGAAGACUGGAGGCGUGCCUCCACACUGCAGUGACCAGUGCAGGCUGCCUACACGAAGUGGAUUAUGUCGUCAAGAUGCUGAUGAAGCAUCUACGGACCCUUCUCGGGGACAUCUACAAGGCCAACUGCUGGUACGGUUGCGGGACAGGGACACGUCAUGGACCGCAACCAGUGGCCGUCGUCACAACGCUGAGUCUUGCGACGUUACUAUUGACUUUGUUCAGGACGAGAUAGCAAGAGUGCCCCAAGGUGAACACAAAUGUGCAUGAUAAAACACUAAGGUUGCUUGUUAUAGUGCACGGUGAUUUGCUUCACUUUCUUCGCUGUUUCGGAGUUACUCGUCGUAAACCCAGCAAACAUCACCAGCUGAAUGCUAUCGAUGGUACGAGAUGGCAGCAGCAUGGUGCAGGUCGACAUUUCUGGCUAACAUGCCACCUGGCUUCGCAGCUUAUUAGUUUAGAAAGGCCUACAAAGUGUUUGGGAAACCUCAUCUCAAACAUGUCCAGCAAAAAAGGUUUUUUAAAGUCGAGCAGUUUGACUAGCAAAAAAAAAAAGUGUAUCUGUAUAAAAGGGGAAAACACAAGUUUAUACAGAUAUGUAAAAAAAAAAAAAAGUGAGUAGCUUGUUUAUGAUAUUUCAACCAAGAUAUUUCAUACUGUCAAGUGCUAGCUUUCGUUUGUUCCAUUCUCAAGGCCAAACACCACGCUUAUCAGAUGGUAUCCGGGGUCAACAAAACUCCAAGACACAAAGCUCAAAUCUGGCCAAUUUAAAUGUUAAAAAAAAAAAAAGUUUCUAAAUUGUUUUUUCUUUUUUGACGUUUGGAUAGAUUAAGCUAUUCCUCUGAAAAUUAUUUUCACUUUAUGUAAUCGGUAAAUAUAAAACUCUUGAACAGUCCUAAAUUCAAGUGCCUUCCUCUGUGUUCAUACUUAUUUUUCAAGUGUCAAUGUCUUAUGGGUGUUUUCUGAAGUGCCUUGGGAAAUAUUAACUUUGGUACCCUUUUAAUUAGGAAGAAUGGAGCUGUGCAGUGAUGCUUGUUUUGUAAAUUUCCUUUUUGUUUCUUCUAAGCUAUGAUCACAAAUUUAAUUUACUCGACAUAACAUCUCAGAACUGAUGUAAAAUAGCCCGUGAACAGUCCUGUUGCAAGUUCUCAUAUUUUACCAAGAUAUUUACUUUAAGAGCGUGUAAGAAAUACAGCAAGUUUUUCUUUAAGCUUAACAGAUUUGUUUAUAACAAAGCCGUGAAAGCUACACUAGUGCGGUUUAUGGAGGUGUGUUAUACGGCCAGGGGGGACAUAUUAUAGAGGACUAAUCUUCACGAGAAGUCGAAUAAUUAACUAGAUUUUGUUAAUGAACUUAAUUAGCAAAAGCAGACAUAUGGUUCCAAUUAGAAACUUGCUGAGCAUCAUCAAAAACCACUAACUCACACAUUUUUACAAAGACCCAGCCUGUGGGAAGCGCAGUAGUCCGCAAAAUUUAGCAGUUGUGCAACAGGCACGAAGGCUGGGGUGAGAAAACGCAGUUAAUGAGAGACGGGAAAACUGUGCGGGCGCAUUCUCGCGCCGGCAGCCUUACUCCUGCUGCACGAGUGGCCACUUUAGCGCUCCAGCGUGCUUCCCAUGUGCUCCAAGCCUCAUCGAAAACCACUGAUUCAGUGGUUUUCGAUGAUGCUCAGCAAGUUUUAAUGCGAAAGCAUUAACUGUCUCAUGGAGCGAGCUGACGUCAUCAGUUUGAAGCGUGAAAACGACUCCUAGUUUCCGCGAUUUCGCCUUCGGUUCCAUUGGCUGGUGCGCGUCGACGGGGCUCCCAUUGGCCGCUGAGCCAUGGCCUACGAGAUCCCAAAGCGCAUGCGCGCUAGUACAUAGCAGACGACAAAGGGAGCGGACGAGCGGCUUGCAUGCUCUCGCAAUUCAGAACUCACAAAAAAUGCUUAGGUGUACCUCGAGCCUUUUAAUUAGAAUCAUGUUUAUUUUCAAUAAUUAAAACAUUGACAUAUUUGAGCUCAUUAGCCGACCGAUCGUUAUGAUCAUACUAUGUCCACCUGGCCGUAUUACUCACCUGCACAAACCGUAUGAAUGUAGCUUCCCCCUUUUUUUUAAACAAAUUUGUUAAGCAUAAAAAGAAACCCUCUAUCUUAGUGAAAUCGGAUCAAUACCCCACAGUUCCGUUGUGUUAAACAUAGUGAAUAUACGAUUGGAUAUUUCGAAUCUGUGUGAAACAUGCUAUCCAGAUGUAUAUAGUAAAUAUUUAAUAAGUAAAUCUCUAAAGUCACUGGAAGGUGCAGUACAGACUUUCCUGCAAGAACGUUAUUUAUUGUGAAAAAAACACGUGUUCAGCAAAAUUAAAAAAAAAAAAAUGCUGUGCUAUUUAUAAUUUGAGCUAAAAUUUCAGGUGCUCCCAAGGUUUAUAUUUUGUAUUACAAUCAUACAAGCUUAUGGGACAAAAAAAAAGUGAAACCGAGUAGUUGCAUGUUUGCCUCUGACGUCCAUUGACAAUCACAGUAUUGGGUUUAUAAAAAUGAUGAAAGCUGGGAACUACAAAUGGGGCCUUACCAACUCUUGAAUGAAGGAAGUCGGGACGGGGGGAGGGGGGAAGUAACGUCGGGCUAACAUUGCAUUGACCUGUCCUAAAAUGUUGAUUAUGAUAACAGACACUCUCCCUCUGGGGAAGGGG